ACGUAAAAUCCCCUAGUUUACAGUGGUAUCACCCAACCAACAUGGCCUCCCCACUCGAGCAAUUUGUCAACCAAGUUCGUGCUCUUUCUAGCUCUGGUAACCUCCGUGAGCUGUGUGACCUGAUUAACAAGAGUGGAGACAUCCUGCAGAAGAAUGCUCCUAACCUGGACACAGCCCUGGGGGCACUGGACAUACAGGAACACUCACUGGGUGUACUCGCCAUUCUGUGUGUGAAGUUCACCAUCUCUCCCCUGCCAGACUUUGAGGGGCUGUUCUCGCAAGUGGAGCUGUUCAUUGCAGCCUGUAACGGGGAGCAGAUCAGAUUUGCCACCGACAGCUUUGCGAACCUGUGUCAUCAGUUCAGCCAUGCUCUUGUGGAGAGGAAGAUGUCCAUCCGAGGCAUUAACCCCCUCUGUCAUGCCAUCCAGAAAGUGCAGCUCCACCCAGCACAGCUCACUUCUGUACACGGAGACCUCUGCCAGCUGUGUCUCCUGUCUAAGUGUAUGAAGCCGGCCCUGCCAUUCUUAGAUACAGACAUCACUGACAUAAGUAAAGAGUCUGGUGCUUUUGACACCAAACACUUCCUGAGCUACUACUACUAUGGAGGAAUGAUCUACACGGCACUCAAGAACUAUGACAGGGCACUGUACUUCUUUGAAGUGGCCGUGACCACCCCUGCCAUGGCUGUCAGCCACAUCAUGUUGGAGUCUUACAAGAAAUAUGUCCUAGUUUCCCUCAUCCUGCAUGGCAAGGUGUUGCAGUUGCCCAAGUACACGUCACAGGUGGUCACCAGGUUCAUCAAGCCUCUAAGCCAAGCCUACCACGAUCUGGUGACUGCCUACAACACCAACAACCCACAGGAGCUGCGCUCUAUGGUAGACAAGCACAGGGAUGUCUUCCAAAGGGAGAACACAUACGGCCUGGUCAAGCAAUGCCUGGCCUCUAUUUACAAGAAAAAUAUCCAGAGACUGACUAAGACAUUUCUGACCCUGUCACUGGCAGACAUGGCUAACAGAGUUCAGUUGUCUGGACCCAAGGAAGCUGAGAAAUAUGUUUUAGAGAUGAUUGAGGAUGGGGAAAUCUAUGCUACUAUUGACCAGAAGGAAGGAAUGGUGAACUUCCGAGACAACCCUGAAAAGUAUGACAACCCAGCCAUGCUGCAGUACCUGGAUGAAGAGAUGAAAAAGUGCAUGGGUCUGGAUGAGCAGCUGAGAAAGAUGGAUCAGGAGAUCGCAGUGAACCCACAGUAUGUACAAAAGAGCAUGGGAAUUCAAGAUGAUGACCUGGGAGGAAGCAGCAUGGGGAGCAAGAUGAGUGGCUACAACUUAUGAUCCACUCAGCAGCCCCAUCUAGCAAUACUGUCAAGAACUGCAGACUGUUUCAAAGACUGUUCGACCUCUGUAGGAUUGUAGAAGAAUGUAAUGUUUUAAGCUCAGUGAAGAAAUGUUAACUGAGUUUCUUCUUCAAAUUUGAAUUUGGAAGAACUUAACGUUUUCUUCUUCUACCAUGUUGCAUGACAAUAUUUUUGGUCCCAUUCUUGUGUACUAAAAGUAGUAUUUUUGGAUUGUGCGAGAAAUUCAUUCUUCAAACUCUCCUGUCACCUACUUCAGAAUCAGGCUUCUUACUCUAAUGAGGUUACAUUGUUCAAGGUGUCUGCAUGCUGAAUGUCUAACUGGUUGCUGUUUUCUGUGAAGGUUUUGUUAUACAUGAACUUAUAAAAGGGGGCUGAUUUCAUGAUUGCUACAAAACUAUAUCUAUUAUUUUAAGUUACAUGUAUAAGGAAGGAACAUAGUUCCAAAUCAUUUGAGAGUUACAUGUACACCAGUUGGAUCAAAGAGGCCAAACAGAAAUGUUACGUCUGUAUUACACUGUACCCCAGCUGUUCACUGUGGCAGUCAUAGAAAGAGUAUUGUAGUGCGAAGUACUUGGAAGAAAUGUUAUCUUAUGAAUAAAUAUGUCCAUGUCAAA